AUGAAGAUGGAAGGGACGAAAAGAGAAGACUUCUACGCCCUUGCGACCAAGGGAGAGGGGGCCAAAGGUGAAGUCAAAGGCGAGACGAAAGGCGAAAUCAAAGGCGAAGGUGUGAAAGGAGAGUCGAAGCGAGAAAGGUCGAGAAGCAAAAAGAAAAAGAAGAAGGACAAGGUCAAGAAGGAGAAAGCCGAUGGAGAUGAAAAGAAGAAGGAUAAGAAGAGGAAGAAGUCUGAGUCUCCUGGAGGUACACGGAAGCGAAAGUCCAAGUGGGGUCCCGAUACCGGUGGCUUCUCCAUGUCUGCCAUGCCUGGUGGACGCUCGGGACUUCUGCCAGCUGCAGAAGCAGACGAAUUGAUGCCCAGAUUCUCCGAUGAGGAGAUGGUCCAACGAUCACUGGUGCUGGAAAACCUGUCCUUAAGCUGCACCGGUCAGGAGCUCAUUGAGUUCUUCAAUGGUGCCAUCUUGGCCGUCACGGGUAAUGCCGUGCAUCAGGCCAUCGCCAUCCCGUGCAUCGAUGAUCGUGGUCGCGACCUGGUUCGACGGGAGAAUGGAUAUUUCCUGGAUAGGAAGACGGCGGAGUUGAAGUUCCGCACGCCGGACGGUGCCUCCGUGGGCAUGAAGCUCAAUGGCAUCGAGUACAAAGGCCACAAGGUCACUGUGAAGAGACCCGAUGCCUUUACGAAGCCAUCGGACGGUCAGGAUCCUUCUGUAAAGAUCAACCUGCAUGAAAUGUCGAUGGCCAAGAUGAUUGGUGGUGCCACCGACUCAAGGGGCAUGCCCAUGCCGCAGGGCCCUUCUCCAAAGCUGUCCAUCUUCAACCUGCCUGAUGCCAUGACAGAGCAAAUUUGCAGAGAUUUGCUCAGUCAGUUUGGAAAGCUCAGGAUGUUGAGUCUCAUUCGAGACUUGGGCACCGGGAAGAUCAAAGGCUACGGAAUCUUUGAGUACGACAAUCCCAAUGACGUGGACUUAGCGAUUGUGGCGCUCAACGGUUUUGUUUGCGGUCAGAACGUCAUUCGAGUACAGAAACUAGGCCAGCAGUCCACGACCACCACCACGAAGCCGCAGCCGGUGGCGGCCACGGCGAUGCCCAACUCGAUGACGCAAAAGAUCGUCAAGAAUCCUGUUUUGGCCAUGCAAGUGAAGCAGGGCAGAGAGGUGGGUUCCCGGCCGAGCACAGUGGUACAGCUCAUGAACGCUGUCUACCAAGAGGUGGAUGCAGUGGAUGGGGACGUCAUGGAUGAUCAGGACUAUGACGACAUCACCUCGGAGGUCCAUGCUGAGGCGUCGAAGCAUGGCAACGUCAUGAGGGUCGUCAUCCCCAAACCUGCCAAGGACGGCACCUACGUGGAUGGCGUGGGCAAAAUCUUUGUCGCGUUUUCGGACCUGACGGCCGCGCGGAAGUUCCAGAUGGACGCCAAUGGCCGCAAGUUCGAGAAUCGGGUGGUUUGUGCUGCCUUUUAUCCUGUGGAGAAGUUCAAUGAAGGGAAGUUCAAGCUGUGGUCAGCAUGA